UGGAAACACGCUCGGCAACUUCAACCGUGGGACUUGUACUUUGACUACUAAUGUAACUGACACAUCCCCUACAUGGACUCUGACAUUUGAUGAGCCUAUGAUUGUAAACAGUUUUGAUAUAGUUCCUAUAGAUGAUGUUUAUUGGAGGAAAUAUUUAUCUCAGGCGAGAAUACAAAUCUAUAACACGAAUAAUGAAAAUGUCUUCAAUUAUACAUAUUGGAAUUAUUGGUCAUCAUAUAUAUUUAUUGUCAAUUUAAAUAAAGUGGCUCUAAAGAAGUUAACUAUUACAGCAACAAAAGAAUCCUUUCCAACGGCCAUAUUAUCUUUUUGUGAGAUCAACAUCUUUGGAGAUUGUCAGCCGGGUUAUUGGGAUUUAGACUGUAAGAAGACAUGUGACUCAAGAUGUCCUACCUCGUGCAGUGUUGUGGAUGGCUCUUGUACUACACAUUGCCUUGGCUACAUCGACGCUGCAUCAUGUACGAAAGAAUGCCCUCCUAACAAAUGGGGCGUGAACUGCCGUGAAAACUGUAGUGACAGGUGUGCCAAUAGAUUCUGUAACAACAUAGAUGGAUCUUGUACUUCUGGAUGUAAAGGAUAUUCUGAUCCCCCGUAUUGUACUAAAGCUUGUACAAAUGGUCGUUAUGGACUCAACUGUGCCAGUCCCUUUACUGAGACUUGUCCUGAUUGUGACUCCUUUGAAGUAACAUGUAUGGAAGAAGACAACAAGCUGAAAGGAACAUAUUUUGGAAUAGGUUUUGGAGUUUGUGCAGUUUGUAUUCUUUUUAUUCUAAUAUUUGGAGUCAUUUACAUCAAAGUAAUACAUAGACGUUACAACAUCUGUAAACAAUGUGUUUGCAAAAGUACGGGUGACCAUGACGGCGUGGAAGAGAAUCAAACGAACGUACAGCCUUAUAAUAAUGGAUCAGCUAGUGUGGACAUUGGUUCAUUAAGCACUGACAGAACAACAAGAUCAAAAAACAUUGCAUCUGCUAAAGGUCGUAGUAUCGACUAUGGAUACGAUGUCCCACAGGGUGGAGUAAAAUAUGAUUUAUAUGAAAUGUAUAGACCAUAUCCUAUGAUCCAAAGCAGCAUAUAAGCCAGUCUGUUAGAAAAUGUACCAGUUAAAAAAAUAAACAAAAAUGAAUUACAAUUUGUUGCUAUGCAGAAGACUGGCGUAUUUUAUGUUAGGAAUGUUUACUUCAAUACAACCAACUACACAUAGAUUGUUCACUACAUAUAGAUUGUUCACUACAUAUAGAUUUUUCACAACACUCAAAUGGUUGAAUUCAAACACAUUGUUCACUAUGGGCACACAUUUUUCAGUUUAUAUACUUUAACUUCACAUUUUUCCUACAAAUGCAUUGUUUAUUAAUAUAUACAUUGAUUUACACAUUGUUCAUUUCACACACGUUAUUCACGAUAUUAACAUUGUCACAUUGUUCACCACAUAAACAUUGUUCACUAUAUAUAAAUAUAUAUAUAUAUAUAUAUAUUGUUUACCAAUAUACUAUAUUUAAAUUGUUUAUCAAUAUACUUCAUAUAGAUUGUAAAUUAAUAUGCUUUUU